AUGGCUAAGCCCAACAACUCUUCAGGAUAUGAACUAUCAUUAUCUGAUAUCUUAACUUUAACGAUCACAGGCACUGAAAAUUUUGUGGGGAUCAUCGUAAAUGGGUUCAUCAUGGCUGUAAAUGUGACUGUAUGGGUUCAGAAAAAGGCCAUUUUCACCAGUGGCAAGAUCCUGCUUUUCCUGAGUGCUUCCAGAAUGGCCCUCCAAAGCUUCACGAUGCUAGAAAAUAUCUUUAUCUAUACAUUCCCAAUUUUUUCUUUCAAAAGUGUCUUAUUUUACACAUACCAAGUAUGUUUCAUGUUCUUAAGUUGUUGUGGCCUCUGGUUCACUUCUGUGCUCAGUUUCUUCUACUUUGUGAAGAAUGCCAAUUUCUCCCAUCCCCUUGUCCUCAAGCUGAAAUGGAGAAUUUCUAGAAUAAUUUCUUGUCUCCUAUGGCUAUUAGUGCUUAUUUCCUUAAUCUCCAGCAUGGUCUUCCACAAGAGCAUCUACACUGUGAGUUAUAAUAGUUCUUUUACUUUCCACCAUUUCAACUACACAAAGACCAACGUGGUCAAGCUGACUGUUUUCAUUAACCUGGGGAUCUUCGCUCCUCUUUCAAUAUUCAUUGUCAUCAUGACAUGCACUCUCCUGUUCAUCUCUCUCAACAGGCACACCCUGCUGAUGAGAAACAGUGCCACUGACUCCAGAGACCCCAGUAUGGAGGCACACAUGGGGGCCAUCAAAGCAAUCAGCUAUUUUCUAAUUCUCUACAUUUUCAAUGCAGUUGCCUUGUUUCUCUCUGUGUCCUGCAUCCUUUCUAACAGUUUUUUCUGGACUAUUUUGCUCAAAAUCAUCAUAGCUGCCUAUCCAGCUGGCCAGUCAAUUCUACUGAUUCAAGACAACCCUGGGUUAAGAAGAGCUUGGAAGAAGCUUCAACCUCAAAUUCAUCUUUAUACAAAAAAGUAG